CUGUCUUUCUCACCAUCCACAUUUUUUCCGGUUCAAUUCAAUCUUGCGCAAUAUCAUUCGUUCGCCGAUGUGAUCAAUUAUCUCAAUUCGCUUGCCAUCACCUAUCCGGAACUCGUUUCUGUUCAACCGAUUGGUACAACACACGAGGGACGGCAAAUUCCAUUGAUUAAGGUUGGUGAAAUGACGAGAGUGUGUGUGGCAAUAGUGUAAUCGUGUUACGAUGAUUAUUUGAGUAGAGAAGGAAAAAAAAUUAAAGAAAAUCACAUCAGAUGAUUUUUGUGUAGUUUAGUUUAAUGAUCAGGGAUUUUUUUUGUUUGGCUUCAAAAAUCACUUUUUUUUACUUUUCAAUAAAGCCCAGCCUAGCAAGGCUUUGCCGGGGAACUUUCACUUUGCCUGGCAAAACUUCAUUUUCGCUGGACGGCCCUGAUUAGUGGCAACCUCGCCGUUUUUUGACCGAGUACAAGUGAAUAUUUCUCCGAGAGCAAUUUUUUUUGAAUUUUUGGACAAUGUGGAUUGUCUGACCGAUUUCUGAGGGAUCCAAGUUACCAGGCGGUUCUCGUGACCUAGGAGUUCAAAGCUUUGAGAAGCCCCAUCUCAGCUACUAUCUCCAAAUUUUGCAGAUCACCAACAAAAGAAAUGGCGCAACAAAACGUGGUAUCUGGGUGGAUGGCGGUAUCCAUGCUCGUGAAUGGGUUUCUCCCUCAACAGUUCUAUACUUCAUCCAUCAAUUGGUCACUCAAUACGACAAAGACGUUCAAAUCCGUCAUUUCGUCGAUAAUAUUGAAUGGUUCAUUGUUCCACUGUUGAAUCCAGAUGGUUAUGAGUACAGUAGAAGUAGUAAUGAUCCGGAAAUUCGGUUGUGGAGAAAAAAUCGAUCGCCAGCGAAAUGUAUUCAACAAUCUUCAGGUGAGAAUUUUUAUCUUUCUUUUUUUUUCUGGAAUAAAAUUUCAAAGUUCAGGACUCUUCCAACCACCAACCACAACAUGUUGCCAGGGAGUUGAUCUCAACCGAAACUUCGAUUGGUUCUUUGGUCAAGUCGGCUCUUCAACCGAUCCAUGUUCAGAAAUCUAUCAAGGAGCUUACGCGUUCUCUGAACCUGAGACCGCGGCAGUUCGUGAUUUCGUUCAACGUCACCGCAUUUCGACCUUCCUCACAUUCCACUCAUAUUCCCAAAUUUUAAUGUAUCCAUUCGGACAUCAGGUUCGAACAUAUUCAAAUGAUCUAAAUGACCUGGUUAGUUAACCUUUUCAUUAAAAACUAGUUUUAAAUACCAGUUUCCAGAGAUCAACAGCAUUGUCAGCCGCGCAAGCACUCAAUAGCGUUUAUAAUACUCAAUACAAAGUCGGAACCGGUGCAGAUACCCUUUGUAAGUUUUCUUGUGGAUACAUAUUACAAUUAUAUUUAUUUAUUUUUAGACCCAGCAGCUGGAGGAUCUGAAGACUGGGCGAAGGGAAAAGCUCAUGUCAAAUACUCAUUCCUGUUCGAAUUGCGACCAGAAGAACAAGUUUGGGACGGAUUCCUGCUAGCCGAGAAUCAAAUUUUGCCAACAGCCAGAGAAACGUGGGAAGCGGUCAAGGUGAUUGCGCAAAAAACCAUCGAAUUGCCAGCCAACACACAAAGAUCGCCGGCGAAACGAUGCAUCGAUCACGAUUCGCUGUGUCCUUCGUGGGCUCAGGGUGGAGCAUGCGAAAAUUGGCCGGAGAUGAGAUUGCGAUGUCCAAGAUCGUGUGAAGUUUGUGUUUAG